GCCUAAACACUGCAUAUCCCUUUUCUCCUAGCCAAACAGAUACAAGAAACCAACAAGCAGAGAAAAUUCCCACGCAGCUGUUACAUAAACCCUCUGGCCAGGCAGGUGCUCACCUAGGUCUUGUCUUAGAAAGCCCAGCAACUCUGAGCUUAGAGCGAAUUGCUUCGAGGGGACGUAGCAAGUGGCCCUGCACCUGCGUUCCUGGGAGGAAAUUGGCCAUGAGGCAGAUGCAUUAGCUGAAGGAAAGGGAGCCUGGACGGGGGUGUUCAAGAUGAUGCCUGUGGUGGAGGGAGACCUUCCCCCGUUUACUUAAGUCUAGAACCCAGAGGAGUCAUCCCAGGAAGCCAUAAGUGCGAGACUCAUGACAGAACUGAGAUCUGUCACUCCACAUUCAUGGUGCCAAACCAGCUUCUCAGAUGAUCCCACAACCAAGAUGGGUGCAAGACCUCCUCCUGCUCAAGUGCGGCUACUUGUGCUUUUGGCUCCUUGCUGACCUCAUGCUCAGAGGCAGUACGCCAGUGUGCAUCCCUUGGUGGGGCCUUGUGUGGAAUGAGGCUUUUGGACAUGCGGGAUCCAUGUGGGUUUCCCAUGGGCCUAGAAGAGUAGAGCCAGAAGUGGCCAUGAACCCAUCAGAACACCCCCAAGUUCAAGCCUGGGGGCUGGCUAUGGUGUGAGCAGCAUGCUGUAGAGGGUCCCGUGGUAUGAUCCUACGUGGCCCUUCUGAAGUCUUCACUCAGUAACCGAGGAUGUGUUUACAUAGCAAAAGCACAAGUGGUAUAAACCAUCUUUCUCCCAGUAAAGAACCGACAACGCAGCAAGGAGGCCCUGCCUGAUUUGCUGAGAACAAAAAUGGAGAACGGAGGGAAAGGAGAAGAAGAUGACUUAGCUGGCUGUGAGGCAGGAACUGGCUCCCAUGAAAUCCCACAAGGGAGCAGCACAGAGCUCUGGGAAAGAGGCUUGGAGGAGGACAUGGGUGGGAGCAGACCCAGCUCAGACGUGGCUCGCCGGCGCUUCAGGCAGUUGGGCUACCUGGAGGCUGAGGGGCCCCGAGCGACUUGCAGCCGCCUCCACCGUCUCUGCCAUCAGUGGCUGCGGCCAGAAAACCACACGAAGGCUCAGCUGCUGGACCAGGUGAUCCUGGAGCGGUUCCUGGCCAUCCUUCCCCCACAGCUGGAGAGCUGGGUGAGGGAGUGCGGAGCGGAGACCAGUGCCCAGGCGGUGGCCCUGGCCGAAGGCGCCCUGCUGAGCCAGGCAGAGGAGGGGAAGCAGGAAGAGCAGCAGGUUCAGCGAAUGGUGGACAAAGCAGCCGCAGGGUUCCCAGUGGCAAAGAAGGCUCCGUCGGAUCCCACACUGGGGCUCCUGUCUAGGGGGAUCAUGCAGGGAGUAGACAGGGGACCCUUGUCUUCUGUUAAGGGAAAGGGAAUGGCCUGCAGGGAGGAUGGAAUGACACUCAGCAUUCCUUCGAGGCCUCCUUCAGUUUGUGAUGGAGUGGAGACACCAUCCCUGCAUGCAGAGAAGGGUGUGACGAGCCUCGAGGAGGUGGCCGUGCAUUUCUCGGAGGAUGAGUGGGCCCUGCUGGACGCUGGCCAGAGGGCUCUGCACCAGGACGUCACAGAGGAGAUCCUGGCUUCUCUGGCGGAUUGCAGGGGGAGCAACAGAAACAGUGCGCAUCAAGGACAGGGGACAGCAGACAAAGAAAACUGGAGGGACGAGUCCAUUUCUUUUGAGCAGGCCGAAUUCUGUGCUGUUCCAAUGGCACAAGCACCUUGUGAAGGCAGGAAUAGGAAUAUUUGCAGUGGAGAAAGACAAUUGGAAAACUCCAAGGACAUAAGGAGGCAACAGAUCCACCAUUGUGGAAAACAAGAAUUUGACAAAGAGGGGAAGAGCUUCAGAUGCUUGAAGUCUAAAAAGAGGUUCAGCUGUACAUUAGAUUCUACCGUAGAAAAAAGAAUUCUCACGGGGGAGGAACCAGACAAAGGGUCAGAGGGAAGUGAGCAUUUCUUUCCUAAUGAAAGCCUUCCCUCACAUCAAACAGGCCACAUAAGCGAGAGAUCUGACAAGUGUUUGGAGUGCGGAAAGAGUUUUGGUGAAAGCAGCCAGCUUCAAGCACAUCAAAAAAGCCACAUGGGAGGGAAGCUGCAGAAACGUUUAGAUUGUGGAAAGGGCUUCCCUCAGAAUUCAAACCCUGUAUCUCAUGAAACAAUCACCAAAGCAGGGAAACCUCAUAAAUGCUCCCACUGUGGAAAGCACUUCAGUGAAAGGAUGGGCCUUAAAAGACAUCUAAUAAUCCACACAGGAGAAAAGCCCUUUCAGUGCACAAUGUGUGGAAAGAGUUUCCGUGAAAACAAGGGCCUUAAAAAGCAUCGCGCAAGCCACACAGAAGAGAGGCCCUAUAAGUGUUCGGAAUGUGGAAGGAACUUUGCUCAGAAAUCACACCUUAACUCACAUAAAGGAAUUCACACAGGAGAGAAGCCCUUUCAGUGCUCUGUGUGUGGAAAGAGUUUCCGUCAAAACGGUCAUCUCAAGGUGCAUCACAGAAUCCACACAAAUGAGAAGCCAUUUAAAUGCUCAAAAUGUGAAAAGGCCUUCCGUCACAACAUGAGCCUUAAAAGGCAUCUCACGAUCCACACAGAAGAGAAGCCCUUUCGGUGCUCAAUGUGUGGAAAGGAUUUCCAUCAAAACAUACUCCUUAAGCUACAUCAGAGAAUCCACGCAAGGGAUAAGACCUGCACUUGCUCUGAAUGUGGAAAGAGGUUCCUUGACCGUGGAAGCCUUCAACAUCAUCAAAGAAUUCACUCCAGGGAGAAGCCAUAUAAAUGCUUAGUGUGUGGAAAGAGCUUUGUUCAUAACUCGCACCUUAACUCACAUAAAAGAAUCCACAUUGAAGAGAAUCCCAUUCAGUGCUCAGUGUGUGGAAAGCGUUUCCGUCGAAACACACAACUUAAGUUACAUCAGGAAAUGCACAAACAGGAGAAACCCUAUACUUGCAAUGAAUGUGGGAAGAGCUUCCUUGAUGCAAGGAGGCUUAAACGGCAUCAAAUAAUUCACAUGGGAGAAGCCGUAUAAAUGCUUCAAGUGUGGAAAGGGCUUUACUCACAAGACAUACCUUAAGUCACAUAAAAUAAUUCACAUGGAAAAAAGCCCAUAGAGUGCUCAGUGUGUGGAAAAGGUUUCCACCAUAACACACAAUUUAAGGUUCAUCAGAGAAUCCACAUGGGGGAGAAGUCUUACAUAUGCUCUGAAUGUGGGAAUAGCUUCAUUGAUUGCAGAAGGCAUACACAUCAUCAAAAAACACACACUGGGGAAAAUUCAUAUAACUGCUUUGAGUGUGGAAAGAGCUUCACUUGGCACUCUCAUCUUAGGGUGCACCAAAGAAAUCACACAGGUGAGAAGCCAUUUGAAUGCUUUCAAUGUGGAAAGGCCUUCUGUCAAAACAUUUACCUUAAAAGACAUUGCAGAAUCCACACGCGGGAAAAGUUCUUUCAUUGCUCAAUAUGUGAGAAGAGUUUCAGUCAAAUGCGCACCUUAAUAUACAUUAGAGAUUCCACAAAGGGAAGGAGCCCUGCACUUGCUCUGAAUGUGAGAAGAGCUUCCUUGUUUGCAGAAAUCUUAAAUGGCAUCAAAAAAUUCACACGGAAAAUACAUAAAUGGGUUGAAUGUGGAAAGGCUUUUGUUCACAGUUGGGUCCUUAAAAGUCAUCAGAGAAGCCAAAUGGGAAAAGCCAUUUAAAUGCUUAGAGCAGGGGUCCUCAAACUUUUUAAA